AUGCUCCAAGUGUUAAAUUCACUGAUACUAGAACUUCAACUAGAAAUGCCCAACUUGUGGGAGUUCCAGAGUGAGAAAGAUGUGUCAGAUGUUGAUGCCAAUGUUUACACCCAGUAUGUCCGCAUGCUCUAUUUGUCCGUAUCAACAGCUACACAGUGUGGAGCUGCUAACAUUCAGCCACAUGGCUGGUACGUGACUCUUUUAGUGUGUAUUCAGAGCAUGAUUAACUACGUAUAUUUCGCCGGUAUCCUAAGUCAGACAAUAGGCUCGUCGGACAGGAAAGAGUUGGAAUGGCUCAGUGCUUCUAGAGAUCAUCGCUUAGACACGAGUAUCGCCACCUCGUGCCAUGAAAAUGCUGUAUGACGACAAGAUUCUAGUGAACAAGAAAGCAAUUCUAUUAAAUGACACCGAAGUGAAAAGAUUGUUCGAUCUGAAAAAAACUAGCAUGUUUACCAAGUAUCUUAGGAGAAGCUAGCUACUGAUUUGGAGAGGUUUGGAGAGGUCUAUGUUUUUGUAUAUUGGGUGAAUGAUGGAAUAUUUAAAUAUGGUAUUCAUUCACUCUCGGGCUGGAAUCUAUGAGGCAUAUCUACAACGAUGAAUAAGUAUCAGCGAUUACGUCAAAUUUGUUUUGUUUUUAUAAAUUGUGCACAAGUAACGAAAGCGUUUCGAAAGGUCAAAGUUAUAUCUGGCGACUUUCCAUAUUAAAUGUUUUAUUUUUACCUUUGUAUUUUACUACGUCCAAGUAGUUCAGUACACUCA